GACAUGGUAUGGGAAAGCCUUCAUCCAGCAGUGUAUUGAUAAAGGACUUUAAAUCGUUUUUUUUUAUUACCAAAUAAUACCCUAUUGGGAACGUUCACAGCAUGGUGUGUGAACCACUGUUCCACCAUGCCCCCAUGGUUGCAUUGCAGACAAGUAAAUAAUUUGUGAAACGUCGGCUUGGGGUUAAAAUGCUUAUGGGUCGGUCUAAUGGUUGGCAUUUUUUUUGUUUACUAGGUGCAUCCUCGAAUGAAAAGCACGUUGUCGUUUUGUUACCAAGAUUAGGAAUGUAUAUGUAGCUGUUUGCGACACAGAACCGCUUACUGACACGGCCACGGCCACGUAUGUUUUAGUUCAGAGGAAGAACUCUUAAGGACAAAGAUUACCCCCGCUGGAUUCGCCUCUUGUUACCCCACAGCGUUUGAUUUGACAUAAAACAUCCCCAUUCAUUUAUGCCCAGCAGACUUCCAUCUGGACAUCCCUGUGCCCCCUCCCCCCCCCCCCGCUGCUAAGAUGCCCUGCCAUUGUCAAGCUCCUAGCCGGCACUCGCAACAGGCAUGCUGGGCCUGGUCCGGGCCCGAGUCCAUUUGCUGAUUGCCUCUGAGUGUUUUUUUUUUCCACGGAGACAUAUUUGUCUGUUCAGUGCCCUGCUAUGCACAAUGCACCGACGAUGAGUGGAUCGGAAGGGCCAAGCAACCCUCAAGAUAAGCCCAACCUUGGAAGCAGUGCUAAUUCGGAGCAGCCUUUGUACAGUAGUUAAGUAACGCAGAUCAGAGUUUCGGUUUUUUUGCACGCUUACGGUGCCUGCUGGAUUUUAUAGGAUGGAAUAAUGUGGCCAUCCCAUCGGCCAUUGGGAAUGUUGAUUCCGUGAAAGGCACCACGGUCUAUACAAUGGUGUCUCUUUAUGUUCACAAAUGUCAUCAAAAUCUAUUUGCGGAGGUCUAUACAGUGAUUUAAGUGUUUUAAUAAUAACAAACAUCGGAGAUAUUUCUUUCCUCUAAUUGAGAAUAUAAAAAACACCUAUUGUAUAUUUUUUAUUAACCUGUUAUUUAAUCCUCAUUGUAUGACUUUCUAUAACUUAUAUUUGGAGAUUUAAUAUUAGACAAUCGUAUUGAUUAUAUUUAGAUGUAAAUUUAGAUUUUUAAAAUAAUAGAUUUUUUCAUUUUGCCAAUGUAAUAUGAUGCCAUUCAUUCUUUUGAGGUUCACGUACUACAGCAAAGAGCACAAUGUAUAUGAUUGUGACACCCGACAAUAACCCUGCUGUAGGUGGGCAGGCAGGAAUGCCAAGCCUCAUGGCAGACACAUGACCACGUAUCGUCGCUGCCAGAGGCCAUCAUCAAGAUAGAGGAAGGACCCGCGUGGACACAAACCCCACCAUUGUCCCGACGCUCGUUCAUUUUCACCAACCAACCGAACAGGAAUGAACAGAACAGACAGCGUCUGUUUAAGUUCGCCUCACUAACACAAGGGCCCGAUGAAAGACUUCAUGGAUGGGGGAGACCAAUCAUGCAAGGAGGACAGCGGUGGUCAUGGCAAAGUGCAGGCUGACUAGCAGGCCUCCAGACUCAGUCCCUCACUCAUUGUGAUUGGACAGCCAGGCAACAGCUUUGGAUCAGCUGAUGGCAGUUGCUCAGUGACCCCUGAGCACAUGAGCUAAGCCUCUCAACCCCAUCUGUCCCACCAUAAUCAUUAUCAAUCGUUCCCUCUGCCGUCAGAGUCUGUGUGUUUUUACUUUUUAUGUUCCAGUUCGUUUUGCGCCUUUAUUUUUAUAUUCACCCUUCUCUCGUGGUCGUUACUCUUGAGACCAGUGUUUGGGCGUUGCUGUUGCCUGCCGGCAGCGGUUUUAAGGUGUACCCGUGCCUGAGCUUCCCGAGCCCCGUGCCCUCGUGGGUGGGAGAGAGCGACGGUAUCAGCCUGCACUGCGGGGGCGAGGGCGGCGCCAUGGACGGCAGCACCAAGGAGGGAGGCCUGAGUGUCACGCUAACGAUCCGCCUGCUCAUGCAUGGCAAGGAGGUUGGAAGCAUCAUUGGUAAGAAAGGGGAGACGGUGAAAAAAAUGCGCGAGGAGGUACGGUCGAGCGGCGCACGGAUCAACAUCUCCGAGGGCUCGUGUCCUGAGCGAAUCGUCACCAUCACCGGCCCCACUGACGCCAUCUUCAAAGCCUUCGCGAUGAUCGCAGAGAAGUUUGAAGAAGACAUUAACAGCUCCAUGACAAACAGCACAGUGACCAGCAAGCCGCCCGUCACCCUGCGUCUUGUGGUGCCAGCCAGCCAGUGUGGCUCGCUCAUCGGCAAGGGUGGCUCCAAGAUCCGUGAAAUCCGAGAGUCGACAGGGGCACAGGUGCAGGUUGCCGGCGACCUGCUGCCAAACUCCACAGAGCGAGCCGUCACAAUUUCUGGCACGCCUGAAGCAAUCAUCCAAUGUGUGCGGCAAAUCUGUGUGGUCAUGCUGGAGUCCCCACCUAAAGGUGCCACCAUCCCGUACCGGCCCAAGCCGGCCGCUUCCGCCCCGGUGAUUUUCGCUGGCGGUCAGGUAAGGCCGGAUGGCCUCGCCGCUCACGCGGGCAACCCUGCCGUCUUACCGCACCACCCGCCAGCCCUCACAGCGUACACCAUUCAGGGACAAUAUGCCAUUCCUCACCCGGAUGAUUCGUGCUUAGGGAUAGAUAUAUAUGGGUGUGCACCAUGGCUCUCCAGCAUGCAAAAGGCAUACGAUUCUUUUGGAGCUGCUUCUGCCCAUUACAUGCAUCAUACAAUGCAAAACCCGUUGACCAAGCUCCAUCAGCUGGCUAUGCAGCAUUCCCCUUUUACCCCCCUCGGACAGACUACCCCUGGUUUCCCCGCAGGUCUGGACAAUGCUCAGACAACCUCACAUGAAAUUACCAUUCCCAAUGAUCUGGUAGGAUGCAUAAUCGGAAGACAAGGCAGUAAAAUCAACGAGAUCAGACAGAUGUCCGGAGCGCAGAUCAAGAUCGCCAAUGCGGUAGAAGGCUCGGCAGAACGACAGAUCACCAUCAUAGGAUCGCCAGCCAACAUCAGCCUGGCACAGUACCUCAUCAAUGCAAGCCUGGAUAUGGCUAAAGCCGCCAACCAGUCUGCCUCCGGCCAGAACCCCGUUGACCUGAACCUCCCUCAGCCCGUCUCCUCCUCCUCCUCCUCCACCACCACCACCACCACCCCACUAGCCUCCGCCCCCACCCCCCUGGCUGCAGCGGCGGCUGUGACCCCCCACCACCACCCUGCUCCUCCUCCCACCUACGCCGUGCCUGUCUCCGUCUCCAGCCUGCUUGGCCUCAAGGCCGUCCCGCUGCUGGCCUUAAAUGCGGCGGCGGCGGCUGCCGCUGCCGCCCCUGGGGCCUCGCUGGCGGGCCUGGCUGGCCUGACCGCUUACACGGCCAAAAUGCCGUCCGCAGCCGCAUCUGCCACCGGGGGCAAGAAAGGCGAGCGCCAGAAGUUUGCUCCGUAUUGACCAGAUGGGAGCAAAAUGAUGAUGAUACUGGCUUGAGGCUGCUCGUCCUCAUGAUCUGAAGCAACCAGGGCCCAAGAUAAUUAGACAAAAUAAGCAUUCACUUUGAGAUUAUAGGUAACUGGCAGUUUGGACAUUUGCAUGUCACAGUGAGCAUUGUAAAAAAAAAAAAUGUUGAAAUUACUAUUAAUAAUUGGUAGUGUUGAAGAACUAAAUAAAAAAUUAAGUCUAAAUUUGAUGUUAAAUGCUACCCCGUUACCAAAAAAAGGCAAUGCCAGCCACCUCCACAAAAAAAAAGAAUGAAAAAUGUAAUCCAAGGUGUCAAUUUGUAUUUUUUGUUAUUUGAUAAAAGGUAAUGUAGGGAUCAAACCUCAAUGUUAUUUUCAUGUAACAAACCAAAACCUCAUUUCCAAAAUUUUCGGUUUUAUGUCAAAACUGCAAGUAUGUAAUUUGUGGAAAUCCAGAAUAUGGUGAUAGAAACCUGCAGGGCACAAUGCAAAACAACCUUCAUUGUCGACAUUAAACCCUCACUGUUAUCCAGUUUAUAUAUUUUUUUGGUAGUUAAUACUUUGUUGGAAAGUGUAAAAUUGCCAGUGCUUUUUUGUUUAUCAUUGUGUUAUUUAUAACAUUCAUUGUUAUACUUUUGUCAUGUCUUCCACUGUUUUGGAUGUGCUGCCUCUGCUGCGUAUAUUCUGUGUUUGGCUUUUCGGAAGCUCGAUAAUUGUUCGACCGUCGAUGCCGUCGGUGUGGAUUUGGACAGACUCUACCACAUGCACACACCAAGCACAUGCCAUACAAAACUUAAAAUACACAUUUCGGUUAACGUCUGUUCAGCGCUAUGUAAAACUAGCCUUUAUGCAAACUAUCAAGCGAGAAAAAUCUUGUCCUUGUACAAGGUACGUGGCUGGUGAACAUCGGAUAACUGUCGUAAAGGAAACGUUAGAAGUGUGGAGGAAAUCACUAUUUGGGUUGAUGGAAAUCUGCCAAAACGCUAAGUUUAAAAUGCAAUUAUCAUAUUUCUGUUGAGAUUAAAGUGAGCGAAAAAAAUGUAUUGAAAGUUUUGAGAGGUAUUAAAACUGCAAUAAGAACACAAGGUUUCUUACGGUUUUUAAUCGACCCCGCCAGAAAUUAGUUUUGCUGUGUCACGACAGUAGUACAGUUACGCCUCCUAUUGACGCACACCCAUACGUUUAACCAGUCCUGUUGCAUGGAUUACUAAUGCGUAAUUGAUAUGAAUUUUUUUACCUACUGUAUGUAGUAAUUGCAUAACUGGACAUUUGUAUAUGAGCAUGAUGCGAAUAGUUUUAGAUGGAAAAUUAAUUAAAAGCACUGCAAAGUUGCAUACUGUACAUAUAGAUUUUUUUUUUUAGAUUGUGAUGCAGGCUAUAAUACUGGCCUGUGAUAUUAGAUCCGAGUUAUUUUUUUUUCCUAACCAUUGCUGUGGGAGUUGCUCAUGUACACCCAGAUAUGUUAAAGUGGAGGUAUUGGUCUAUGUAUGGUGAAAAACUACCGAAAGUAUUUAUAAGUAUGGUGGCUUUCCACCGAAGCGGCCGUUCUGCGUGUAAACCCGCUCCAUCGUCAGUAUUAAUAUUCAGCUUCUGUAAUGUACGCUUUGCCCCUUUGUUAACUUUGAUGGCGAUGCACUACACGUAAUGAGCUUUUUUUUUUUGCCGAGACGACGGUCCGUUUCUGCUGAGAACACGCUGAAGGUCCGACCGCCGACCCAUCGCUGUUACUUGGGGCUCUUGUGUUUUCGUACCGAUUUUGCGAAAACCAUUCAUUGUUGCCCUCCCCCCCCCAUAUCCUCUCCGUGUUUUGCCACUGCUGCAAACCCGCGAUGUAGCCACCACAGACGCUGUAAUAUUGAACACAUAAUCUGUACGUUCAUAUACGACAACCUUGUAACACCUUUUUUUUUAAAAUACCUCGCCAUUCAGCGUGUUGUAGCCGUAUCGUAAAAUAGACACCGGCAGCAGCCCGCGGUGUGCAGUUUCGCGUUGCCACAUUGAAGUUCAGGGUUCCACAUUGGCGCAUACUGCGGUCACAUUCUACUCUGGCGACGUGUAUUGCUCUUUAUGUGCCCCUCCGGUUCCUCUGCGUUUUUCUUUCAGGCUCACUUCAGAAGUGUCUGGAUUGGGAACAUUGUAGUAGCGAGCAACACCUUCCGAGUCGCGCGAACAUCCCAUGUUACAUUGUACGUGGAAAUCUGCAGCUCGGCAAGAACAGAAUCACUUUGUUUGUGCCGUUCUUUGCUCAUCUGCGCUGCCCUGUUUAUAUCAACAUUUAAACUAAAAAAAAAAAAUCCAUGAAUAUUUACGGGAGCUUGUGACCUGUAUUUGUCAAUAAAUUACAUUUGGCUUUUAAUUCCACGGGCAUACAGGCUGUCAUAUUUUAUAAGGUGUUGAGAUAUAAAUGCUUAGUCUACAAAUAUUUUAUUUAAUGUUUUUUUUUUGUUAUACUGCCAUUGCGACAUGUAUUUGAACUAUUAGUGACAUUGCUUAACUGUGGCUGUUAUGAAUUAUUAUCAACUGUUCACUUUUGUAAAAUAAAGUAAAUUAACUUUACAGAAUACUCUA